CCCAGUUUAGCUGAUAGUAAAUGUGUUUGUUUAAUUAAAAAAACAUGCUAUUUUAUAAUAUGAUAGACACUUAGUGAAACUUUACCUUAUACUUUUACUUUAUAGAUGUACGACCUUGUGUAAACAACCGAAAAAAAUAUUAAAAGAUUUAGCUACCAUGGAGGUUGAGAUGUCGGAUCCUUUGCCACCAAAGAUUAAGGAGUUACUGAAUCUUGUUAAGAAAAGUGAUCCCGCGGAUGUAGAAGACGCUUUGCCGGGCUGGGUGCGGCGCUGCCUGCUCCACGUGAUAAAUAAAUACGACCCCGAACCAGAGAAAUCGACGUAUUGGAAUGACAAACAAGAUCUUCUUACACAAACAUUUGUUGAAUCGUUGCAAAUUGGUAUGUGGGGUGACGGUUCCGUCUUAGCCGAGGUGCUUUUAACUCUUCUGGAAAAGAAAUCAGUUGAAUUAAUACUGAGCGAUUACUGCGAGACUUACCUUGACGCCUUUGCUGCUGUUUCCAAGGGAAUAGGUUUCACUAACUCAAAGUUGAGUACCACCAAAUUGGAGGAGUUCCUGAGAUUCUCAAAAAAGUACAAAACGUUUUUUGAAAAGAUUCUAAUUGUAAAUGACCAAUCCAAAAAUAGAGUAGCCAGUGGUUCUGAUGUAAUUGCUAAGCGAUUGACCGAUCGAACGAAGACGGGCUUCAAAGAUACGAAAUUUUACUGGCAAACCUUAUCUAAGGCUAUUGUUAAUAAUAUUGAUUAUGAGCGACGGAAUGGAGGCAAUGUGUUUAAUGCUAUCGAAAUACACAUAUUAAUUAUCAAGCUGUUGAAGGCUAAUAACGAAGUUGUUAUGUGCAAGUACAAAUCUGGCUUCGAAGAUUUCCUAAGUACGACAUGUAAUGCUUAUUUCCUACGUGGUGGUGAUAAGAAUAUGGAAGCAGCCCUAUUGGAAGCCUUGCUCAGUUUUUAUGUGGAUUUAGAGAAUAUAGAUAGGAUACUAUCCGUAGCGAAGGAGCACGGAAUAGAUUCGCUCUACUCAGUUUAUGACAAAGUGAUACGGGCGUGGCUCGAAGGCGAGGCGGCUAGUCGCUCUCUCGUCGAAAUUGUGUUUGAGAUGUCGAGAUUCUUCAGUGAAGAGGAGCUGGAGCUUAUGUUUAAAUCAUUCGAAAAGUUACCGUCGGUGGUGCUGCAGCGGUGCGCGCUGGCAGGCCUGUCCCUCGCGCACAGCAGCUGCGCGGGGGCGCGGUGGCUGCGCGCCGAGCUGCUCGAGCGCGCUCUGCGCACGUCCGACGACAACCCCCUGGGGCUAGGAGCUAUCAAGAUCGUCCUAGAAUGCCUUGCGCGUGAUGAAACGCUAUUAACUGCGAGUGUUAUUGAAAUGUUAUUGUCGUCAAACGUGAGUCUGGAGAGCGAUUGUCCUGCCCUGACAUUAACUCUACUUCUUCAUACUUUCGAACGUCAUCUAACAGUUCAGGUUGGUGACAGCGAGGAGAGCGCGCGGCGCGUGCAGCAGUGCUCGGAGGCGUGUGCGGCGCGCGCGCGGUUGCCGCACCGCGCCGCGCGACACUUUGCGCGCUGCGCCGCCGCCGCGCUGCAGCGUCGGCUGGCACUUCUGGAAUAUCCAUACGUUGAGGUUUUCGUGAAUUAUUUGGUGGAAUUAAGUUUCUAUUUAACGGAUUAUUUCAAACAAACCACAGACAACGAUACAAUCGGACAUAUUCAUGAAAUACUUUUCGAAAAUCCAACAGAUUACAAAUGUUCAGCUACGGUGCGAACCGUCGCUCUUGUUAAAGAUUGCAUCUUAGGCCUUUUGGACUGUCCCACGGAAAUUGAGGACGAGUCCCUCGGCUUCCAACGCGAAGGAAUAAUGCGAAUUCUGGACGGGAACGAGGAAAUAUAUCUUAGGAAGAAGGAUCUCGAAAUAUUUACAAAGAAUGUUCUGUUCCGCGGACUGUAUUUGCUCAAGGUAGUCAGCAGCAUAGACAAAGCGAAAGCGUUCGCUCAGGGCAAGUGGUCGCCGGCGGCGCAGAAGCACGCGCGCGCCUGCGCGGACCUCGCGCGCGACUUCGGCGUGCUGCACUCGCUCCACGAGCUGCACCCCGACAGCGCCUACUUCAGCUACACCGCGCCGCAGUUACCAUUCAACGAUCUUCUUGAAAAAGGAGAACACUGGGCAUUGCGGCUAAUUUAUAAAAUUGAGAAAGAGAGUUGUAAAGAAUUUUUCGUUAUGGUCGUUAAAUUAUUGAACAACCUUGCAAAUAAGUACGGCUAUUACUACGCAUAUGCCCGCGCACAUACAGUGUUUGAUGUCUGCAAAAGAUUACAAAAAGAUUUUAUAAAAAAGGAGUAUAUAGAGAGAACGUUUUAUGAACUAAGUCAAUCGGAGUUUGAGGAAUUAAUUCAAUCGAAUGGAUAUUUUCACAGCAUUCAGACAAACGCGGCCAAGACGAUCUCGGCCACGAGCCCUACGAACGCCGCGAGGGCCGCCCGCGUGGUGGCGGCGCGCACCGCCGCGCUGCGGCUGCGACGCCGCGACCCGCACGCCGACCUGCCCGACGACCCGCGCCACCCCGCCUGCCGCAGCACGCUGCCCGACGGGCGAGCCUCGGACAUGGAGUGGGAAGCGAUAUUGUGCCACAGCUCCCUCCUUUGGUAUGUGUACUACAAAAACAGAAGCGUCUCGUGGAGCGAGCUGGAAUUCUCGGUGGCGGUGCAGUCGGCGGCCAACGAGGCGCUGGCAGCGCUGGCGCGCGAGUCGACGUUCUUCAACGCCAAGAUCGCCACCUUGGCUUUGCCUACCUUUCGAAUUGUGAUAGCUACGUAUUAUCAUUAUAAAAAAGAACGAGACCUGCCUCUAGAAUUGCGUUUACAAACGAUGUUCAAACUUGUCGGCGAAGUUUACCUCAAUAUUUUACGUUUUGGAGCACAGGAUGCCAGCAGUGGACGAACAGCGGACGAGCUGUGCAUAUGCGAAGCUUUAACGACGGACGCACUGCUCAAACUCGCCGAAAUAUUGGCAAUCGAACCUGAUCUGUCGCCCCUGAAGAAGUUUCGACAUUUAGAGGUGAUGCCGGCGGAGCUGCGCGCGGCGGGGCUGGCGGCGCUGCGCGCGGCGCGCCCCGCGCUGCAGCACGUGGCCUACCGCGCGCUCGACAUGCUGGCCCCCAGCCUGCUGCAGCGCGACGAAUACUCGAAGCAUCGAGAUUAUAUGGGAUCAAGAAGGGGGCUGUCGCACCCAGCAUUGGGAAACAGGGAGGUGGAACGAAUGGCACCCGCGGUUGAGGACCCACAUCCGGCAGAGCAGGUAGGGCUGGGGUUCGGCUUGGUGGAUGAGGACACAUAUCCCGACGUGGUUGAUAGCCACGUACGAAGGAUCUAUACGGACGGUAGCAAAAUUGAGGGUCGAGUCGGAGCCGCCCUUUCCAUAUGGGAAGGGGAGGCCGAGAUGAAGGCCGUCAAGCUUGCAUUGCCGCCGAAUUGCACCGUCUACCAAGCCGAACUUCUAGCGCUCCAAAGAGCAGUAGAUAUAGCCUGCAAGAGUGGAGCGGUGAAGGUCGGUGUCCUCAGCGACUCCAGAUCGGCUCUCCAGGCGGUCACUCUCAGUUCCCCCCACCUCCUUGCUGUGCAAACAAGGGCGGCCCUCCGAAAAGAUGCUUUGCAGAGGCGGGAGGUCUCCCUGUUUUGGAUUAAGUCGCACGCACGCUAA